UCCACGGGCUUCUCCAACACUUAUACAGAAGUGGGUGACUGCAUUGAAAAGGCAGCCAAUAUUCUCUUUGUAUGUGAGAAUGGCAAGUGGCACGCGGAGCAAUGUCAGUGGUUCGCUACUGUGUGCUGGAACCUAGCGUUGCAGCCAGAAGCGAAUGCUGAGCAACAGUUUCGCCUGCUUAGCCACAGUUUCAAGCUAAUGUUAAACGUUCAUGGCCGCCAGGACACCACAAAGCGAAUCACCACCUACGCCAUCAUGGCGACGUUAUCAGGAGUCACGGCUUCCAGGCGCCCGGCUAUAGACGUACAACUUAAGGAGGCAAUCCUGAGGGAUGUUUAUCAAAUUGCAGAGAAGCUGAAGGAAGUGAACCCGCGCUGGCGUGAAAACAAACAGCUGGCGUUGAUGCUUCUCACGGCCGAGUUUGAAGCUAUUGUCUGUGGACCAGGAGCACCUAAUGGCAAAGCUGUGCUGGCCCAGGUCCUGUCCCUCUCUGGAGACAAUACGGACAUCAUUGAGGGAUUUGUUGCCAUCUGCCAGGAUGCCAGCUGCAAGAAGGGUGCGUUCUCAGUGCCGUUGCUGCGACGCUGCAUUGGUCUCACAACAGCGCAGAAUGAGCCGGACAAGUUGGUCAAAUACUACCACUUGCUCUUUCAGGCAUUGCUGGAUGCACGUGAUGAGGAUGGACUCGUGGCUUGUACUGAUGAUGUUAUCAAGCUGCACUGCUCAACAUUCCCAGAGACAGAGCUUAUCUGGAUGAUGACCACGGUGUGGAAUGAAGGGCUGCAGCGAUAUAUCGAGGGUGCCCUACCAAGUGCCAAACGCUACCUCAACUGCGCCCUUCGCAUCGUUGACAUUCUGCCAACGCUAAAAGCCGCGUACCAGCAGCGCCUUCUGUCGCGAUAUCAAGGGCUCUUCGAGGAUGAAAUGGAUCAGCAGUCUACGACUAAUGACAAUUCUGCGUAGUGCCUUAACUUUGCCAAACCUUAGUUUCUAGACUUUGUUACCUGCCAAGUCAAUGCGCUGUUAUUUCCAGUUA